AUGGGUGAUGAUGACUAUCAGUAUCAGCUCUUCCUGUAUCUGCUCAAUGAAACGGCUAACUCCACAGACCCAAGUUAUGUGGUCAGUGAAACAGUUAAGCUCUGCACAAAAAAAACUGUCAAUCAGUUUGGUGCAAAAUUCAUUCCAGUGUUCUACUACAUCAAUUUCCUCCUGAGCUUCUUGGGAAAUGGACUCGUCCUCCUCAUCAUCUACAAGUACGAGAAGCUCACCACGGUGACAAACAUCUUCCUGCUGAAUUUGGUCCUCUCAAAUCUUCUGUUUGCCUCAAGUCUGCCCUUCUUGGCCAUCUAUCAUCUGUCUGAGUGGAUUUUUGGCCCUGCUCUGUGUAAAAUGGUCAGUAGUGCCUACUUUAUUGGUUUCUACAGUUCCAUCCUAUUCCUCACGCUCAUGACCUUCGACCGAUACCUAGCAGUGGUGCAUGCCGUGGCAGCUACGAAGAGCCGUAAAAAGGUGUACGCCAUCAUUUCUUCUGUGGUAGUUUGGUGCGUCAGUAUUGUGGCGAGCGUGAAAGAGCUGUUUCUUCGAAAUGUGUGGAAAAGCCCAGCAGAUGGCAUCUUGUGUGAAAUGUCUGGAUUAUCAGCCAGUACCAUGAAACUCUGGCGCCUGGUCAGUGAUUAUCAGCAGUUCUUGCUCUUCUUCCUCAUCCCUUUGAUCAUUGUGACAUACUGCUACAUCAGCAUCACGUUGCGCAUCCUCUCCACCAGCAUGAAAGGGAAAUGCCGGGCCAUUAAGCUUAUUUUCAUCAUCAUCUUCACCUUUUUUGUCUGUUGGACACCUUUCAAUGUUGUCAGCCUCAUUCGAGCAAUUCUCAUCUCUCAGACGAGCGUGGAAGAAGAAUCCUGUUCUGACUCAGACAACUUAGAUUAUGCUUUUUACGUGAGCCGGAAUAUAGCUUACUUGUACUGCUGUAUCAGUCCUGUGUUUUACACAUUUCUCGGAAAGAAAUUCCAAAGUCACUUCAAAAGGUUGAUGGUGAAAAAGAUUCCCUGUCUGCAAACACAAAUUAGCUUCAGCAGCCACAGCACUAAAACCACAUCACAGAGGACACCACACACUCAGUAUUAA